GUAUUUAAACGCACAGCAAACGGUAUCAAAUAGUUUUGAUUCGUUGCUUCAGCGCCCACCAGUCUCAAUUGUGGUUCAGUGACAAUCGGACAGAUCAAUAUGCCAAUCACAGAAUUCGCAUCCCUCUCGUUGAUCCCCCCUAAUACACUCUCCGACCCGCAUGUAGUAGAUUUCUUCUCCAAGGUUUCUUCCUGGCAAUCAUCCUCGUCGGGUUAUUCGUUAACCUUCUUCACAAAUCCGGCAGAGUCUGCUGAGAUCCACCUCAUCACUGGAUGGGAUGACGUGCGCGCUCAUGAAGAAUGGAUAGCCAGCUCCAGAAAUCAGGAACUUCUUCAAAUAGCAGAGGGGUUCCUCAAUAUUAUUGGAAUGGUUCACUUGGACCUGGAUUUCAAUGAAUUCCCAGUAGGAGCUGAGUCACUGGUUUGCGUGAAGUCCACUGCAGCCACGAAGGGUGUAUCAGAGGAGGCCAAAUCAAAGAGUAUGGCAUCAAUUCCUGAGUAUGGUUGGACUGGACACGGGAAGGAUGUGCAAGAGAUUAGCACCGGGGUUUAUUAUUUUGCGGAAAGUGAUGCCCAUUUUGGGCCUGAGGAUGAUGGAAAAGAGGACAUGCACGUAAGGACCCGUUUGAAGAGGGUGAAGUUCACUUGAUACAAUUAGUUGGACCUGCUUCCUUGGAUUCGAGUUAUUACUUGUACAAAUGCUAUAUAUGCUAUGCUAUGUCGACGGUUGUGAACAAUAUGUACUUGUUCAUUUCAG